CAUUACUGCAAGCCAAAGGCUGUCUUGAAGUUAGUCUUAAGCAUACACCGUAGGGAUAGGAAGCCGUCUAACUAAAAGGAAAUUGAGGAAGAUUGGUUACGAACUGAGGCAAAAACAUGCCGUUAAAACUAAUCAUAGUGACGUGUGUGUUAUACCACAGUUCGGUGGCGGAACAUUACAAAACGAAGCCUGACUUCGUAAAGACUUGCUUCAAGAGUGACCCUGAAUUCGACGACUGUUCAAGGACGGCUGUGCAACAACUUUUCAAUGCCUUAGGCCCAGGGCUUCCAGAAAUAGGAAUGGAGCCUCUGGAUCCGUUGAAAAUUCCGAAAAUAAGAAUUUUGCAAGGCGAUGGACCAGUUAACGUUAAUGCUGCACUGGAUAACGUCACUGUGACUGGAUUCGGCCAAACAGAGGUUUUAUUGAGCCAAGUGGAUGGUAAAACAUACGACUUUUAUACUAGAGUAAGAGUCCCAAAUAUCAGGAUAGAGGGCACUUAUGAUCUCAAAGGAAAGAUUUUAUUGAUACCCUUAGUUGGACGCGGACGCUGCUGGUUUGAACCAACGAACAUGACAAUUGACAUUGUCAGCGACGUGAAAACUUACGACAAGGAUGGCUUUGUAUUUUUUAACGUCACGGCCGCACAUGUAAAAUACAACAUUGGCGGUAUGAGUUUGCGGAUGAAUAAUUUGUUUGAUGGCAUUAAAUCUUUAGAGGAUAGUACGAACUCGUAUCUUAACGCUAAUUGGCGGCCAGUAUCUGAAUCUUUACGACCUAUUCUGACCAAGACAAUUGAGGACAUCCUGUUGGAGUUUAUGCAACAAUUAUUCCAUAAUCUGCCUGGCAAUUUCAUGAUCGGGGAUGUUAAGAACAACGUUGUCAAACAAAAACCUGAUAAAAAACAUUAAUUUUAAUUAGUAGAUUUGUGCGAGUGUAAAAUAAGUAUGACUGUCUAUGUUUGAAAAAAAAGGUAAUUUAUGUAAGUUUAAAUUGAUAAUUUAUUGGUAAAAAAAAACCAAUUUUUAUUAUUGGAUUAAGUAUUAGUAUAGCCUACCUACUGACUUAUUUUUUAAAUAAGUACCUACCUAAAUAAUAUUUUACAUUACAUUUAACUAAAAAACUAGGUUUUUGAUUUUCUCCCAAAAUUAGUAUUUUUUUGUAACAGAGGAGAACUAUGAAAUAAAUAAUAAUAAAUAAUUAAGUAACGGCCUGAUUCGAACUUAAGAUAAGUCAAAAAUUUUGAUGACACAUUAGUUAAUAAAUUUACCUAUUAAAUGUGUAAAUUCAAUACGGGCAAUAAAUGAAACCAGAUACAGAAUAUAUCCGUGUAGGUACUUAAUCAUUAGUUAAGAAGUUUUUUAAGUUACACUUAAUUAUGAUCACUUAAUUAAUUUUUGAUAAUUUACCGAGGAGCAAUGAACUGCAAACAUAAGACAUAACCUGACAUGACAUUACUAGAUACGAGCUUUUAAUAGUAACUGCCAACAAGCCUCAUCAGUAACUUUAAAAAGCUCUUAUCUCGUACCUUGUGUGGUGCUUUACAUUGCGUGCCGAUUUAUUUUGUAUGGUUAAUAUUUGAUGUGAUUUUUUAAGAAAAAAUUAAUUCAAUAUACUUCUUCGUCCUAUGCUAAACACCGUUUAAAUACUUUAAAUAUUCUCCAGUAAACUUUCAUUGUAAUUUUUAAGCAUACAAACUUUUUUUGGGUAAACUGUAGCUACGCAACAUGGAUAAUCUAAGUACCUACUUAAAAUAUUAUAUGUGUCUG